GAAGGCUAGUCCAAAACCUAUUAAUUUAUACUCUUUUCGCUUCAAUAAAUAUAUUGUCAUGCUUCCGUUUACUGACCUGCAUUCAGGAAACUUACAUAGCUUUGCACCUCGAGCAAUGCCAUUCGUCAAUUACUGUGUAAUUUACUCGUAAUACUUUACUACAAAGUGCUUUUUUAAAGCUGUUGAAUGUGCUUGUUAAUAAUGUUGACUUAGACUUUUAGUCACAGCUCGUAUAGAAUUUUUAAUAGAAUCCUGUAAUUGCUUACUUGAUACAAUACAAUUAAGUCAGUGAUUGUUUAGAUGGUUAGCGGUUUCUCCUCUACUGUUUGGUUAGUUAAGAUUAUCUUUUUUUGUACAUAUCACAUUUGUUGAUAAUUUGAUCUGAUUGUAGCAGCUUUUCAAACUUUUUUUCUCUCCAGCUCUUUACAAAGUUAGCCGCCACAAUGUCCUGAAUACAUACUUUUUACUCCUGUCUGAUUCCAGAUACUCUGACAGCUGUGUUGCUUUAGGUGUUAAAAUCCAGCCUGUCUCCAUAGAUCUCUUCUGCCCUCUAACCACAGGGCAUGCAUGCAUGCCAGUGUGGAUUAAAGUGCAUAAAAACAUUCUCAUUCCUCUGGCCACGUGUUUCUCUAAUUUAUUUAGCAGCCUGAUUAUGCAUACUGCACGGAGGAAGGGUUCAUCAACCACAUAUGGAGGUACAGAUGCAGAGAGGCUGAGCUCACAUCCUGGACCACUCAGGGGUCUCUUUGGGUUCACUCUUCCUUGUGUACAUGCAGCUGAUAUUGCCUCCAUACAAACCAGCAUCAGUUCCUUGCCACAGCACAUAGGCAAGCCAGAGUUCCCUGACACAGGAUGGGACCGCAUCAAAGAUAUUUUCUUCAGGGGUGAUGGUCAGAUGUACUCGGAGGAGUUAAGAAGUAUAGUAAAGAGUGGCAUUGCUGCAGCCAUGGUGGGGAUGGUCUAUGGAGGCCUACCUGGAGCCAGACAUGCCCGGGAGAGAUUCAUACAACUCAGCAAGGCUGAAAUUUACCAAAACAGAAUGGAUGCAGUGCGAUCUGCUCAUAAUGCAGCUAUUCGAGGUUUUGUGCGCUUUGGCUGGAGGUGGAGCUGGAGAGUAGCAGCGUUUGUAACCUUGUUCAACACUGUAAGUACAGGCCUGACAGUAUACAGAGACAAAAAUGAUCUGAGCCAUUUUGCCGCAGCAGGUGCUGUCACAGGAGGAGUUUUCCGGCUGAAUCUGGGAUUUAGAGGGCUGCUGGCUGGUACAGCCAUAGGAGGUGCAUUGGGGCUGCCAGCUGGAGUUUUAAUUAUGGGCCUGCAGAAGCUUGGGGGUGAGACCUUGUGUGACAAGAGGCGACGAGAAAGGAGGGAGUUACAUCAGCUGAGAGUCACUGAAUGGAAUGCUCGUCUAAAGCUUACAGAUGACCUCAUUGGAGAAAUCAGUGGGCAAGAUCAUGAUGCUGAUAUUGACCUUCAACGAAUAGAAGAGCUGCUUAAUCAAAAUAUGAACGAGAUAGGAGCACAGGGCUCUGACAACAAUUGACAUUACAAACUUGAAUGUGUUACUGGGCACUGGCAGAGGCACAUAGACCCUAUAUGCAAUGUAUGCAAUGGAAGGUGAGAGAGGGGCACUAUUGUAAGUGUUGCAUACAUUGUUGAAAAUGGGUAGUUGCACCCCUGGACACAGGUGCCCAAAAACUGCAUUUCUGAAUUCUUGCAUUUACAACUAACAUAACAUGGAUAAGUGUUUCUUUAGGUUUCUAUAAUUGAGGAUUUGACUGUACUAGUCUGAGCAGUUAAGAAAUGUUAUUUAUUCUACACCACUGAGGUAUGAGAUUAAAUGUUUUUAGAUAUAAAAACAGAAUGUCAAAACUACUCAUGCUCUUAAUUUUGUGGAUGAUGUUGAAAUUAUGUUCAAAUUAUUAUUCUAUGUAUCAAUACAUCUGUGCAUGUGCAUCUGUGCAUGUGUGUGCCUUUGUGUUUGUCAGAGAUGGUGCUCUUAGCUUGUCAGCUGCACUUCAUCUUCAUCAGACAGUAUGCAUAUAAUCGAUGUUUUAAUUAAAGAAUUAAAACACCAGUUAAAUUUUGGGCAAUAAUACUGUUGUCAACGUAGAGUAUAGGGGGCUGUAAAAAGUGUAAAGAAGUUUAAAUAUUAUUAAUCAUGUUUAUGAAAUAUGCAACUAAAUUUGAUACACGAAAAAGCUUUUCAUUAUCACCUCACAACAUCUAGGAUCCCAUGUUGUCCCUGAAUGAAACAAUAACUGAUCAGGCUAAAUAACAGAUGUGAUGGCUAUAUGAUAUGAGUGGCCAGCAACUUAAUUAUAUACCUGGAAUUCUUGAGUAAAAGUAGUGCAAUUAUGCAUUCAUUGGAUAUUAGAAGGAAUUUAUGAUGCCAGCAGAUGUUCAUACACAGACUUGGAAUGCAGUGUUAUCAUAAAACAAUUUUUUAUUUGAUUUAUUAGUUAAAAUAAAAACAUGUUUGGGAAAAACUAACACAUCUUUAUUGCGCCAAAAUAUUAAAUG